AUGAACCAGGAAGAUUACGGGGAUUCCCUGCAUAAUGCCCCCGAUGGAACAUUUUAUAGAUUCCCCCUCCGUCUGGUCCAUGGGGUACCUCUCAUGAAGCCCAUUGCAGAUGAUUGGCAGAAGGUGGAGAGCUUCCAGGCUCGACCAGAUGACUUGUUAAUAGCUACAUAUCCCAAGGCAGGUAAGGAUAUGUCUUUAUCGUCUAUGUUUUCCUUCAUUUGGUAUGAAGACACAUAAUCGUAUAGAUUUUGUUUGUUUAAUAAUCCCUAUUUUAACAUACAUUUAUGUGGCCCUUCCCGGUAUCCCAAGGUACCACGUGGAUGCAGGAGAUUGUGGAUUUAGUAGUCAAUGAAGGAGAUUUGGAGAAAGUCAAGCGUGCUCCCACUCAUAUCCGUUUCCCAUUUCUGGAGAUCUGCUCCCCUCCUCCGAUCCCCAGUGGUAAGCAAGCUGCAAAUUUAUUAAGGCAUCGUAUCCAUAAUCUUUGGUGUUGAGGCUGAUGAACAUUUCAAUGUCUGGCAGGGAUUGAUAUACUGGAAGAGACACCAUCUCCAAGAAUAAUAAAAACUCACCUGGCAUAUAAACUGGUUCCCAAGUCAUUCUGGGAUCAAAACUGUAAGGUACACUUUAAUUCUGGUACAAGGAGUAACAGAUAACUAGUUUGAUAGCGGUUGGUGAAGACUCGGGAGAAUUGCUGAUGGCUGACAGAGGUUUAGUCAUUAACUAAUGGAGAUGAUGGCAGCAGCCUCUAAUGGUGGCAUUAGGCAGUAAAUAAAUCCAGUGUUUUCUCAGAAAUAGCAGUGUUUACCCGUCUAAGGCUGCAGAGACAGCCUCUUGCCCCAGAACCACUACAAUUUGCUGUAGUGGUGAUGGUGCUUAGGUUCUUGAACUUUAAAUCAUGCAUAGGAAGCUGAUGCAGGAUUGAGCAGAGCAAGAGAUAAAACUUCUAAAUUAAACAUGCUGUUCAAUAGUGGAAGUUUUCAAAAGUAGACCAUUUUUCAGGCACCAUGUUGGGAGACUGUGUGAGUCCCAGCCAGGGGAGGUGUGGUUAGGGCAGCAUAAACAAUUUUAUUUAACUCCUAAAUGGCAGAGAAUUGAGCAGUGAGACUGCAGGGGCAUGUUCUAUACACCAACACCACUUUAUUAUGCUAAAGUUGUUUUGGUACUUAGAAUAUCACUUUAACUAUGUUAAAGUUGGAUUGUCGAUGCUACUGAGAUGAGAAUUUGUUAAUGAGGUGGAACCGAGUACAGAAUAAUUAAGUUACUAAUCAGGACAAUGAAUGUUACAGUGGUGGAUGUUGUACUGUGGAUGUUAUAUGGAGAAUGUUAAUGCUGUUGGUACUAUGAUGGACAUUGAUGUGGCAGAUGUUGGAACAGUGAACAAUAAUAAAAUGAGUAGUGAAAAUGUAGAUGUUACUAUAGUCAGAUGGUAGGUGUCAAUAAAGCAGGCAUUGAGAUAGUUGGUGUUAGUGUACUAAGAUCGGGGACAAUGUUGAUGGCGGUGGGAUUUAGGUUAGAGUACAAGGUGGGAGACGGACAUUGACUGAGAAGGAGCUGGAUGGUAGACGAAUGAGAUAUAAAAUGUUAUUUUAUUCUGCUAGGUAAUCUACAUUGCUCGGAAUGCUAAAGAUAAUGCUGUGUCUUACUAUUACUUCGAUUUGAUGAACAAAACUCAACCUGACCCCGGUCCCUGGGAGAAGUAUGUGGAUACCUUUCUAAAAGGGGAUGGUAUGGAACCAUAAAAUAAAUAAAAUUAGUGGUAACUGAAAAGGUGUGCUUCACAAAUAAUAUGGAGUUAAAUGUGGACACAUAUUUCAAUCUUUCUAUUCACAGUGGGCUGGGGCAGUUGGUUUGACCACGUGAUUGACUGGUGGAAAGCAAAAGACAAACACCGAAUCCUGUACAUGUUCUACGAGGACAUGAAGGAGGUGAGAGGUUAAUUUGUAGAUGGAGUGGGCCAUUUAAUGUUGUGGCUAAUGACAGGACACUUUCUUUUUCACCAGGAUCCAAAGCGUGAGAUCCGGAAAGUGAUGGAUUUUCUGGGUAAGAAUCUGUCUGAGAAUAUUCUGGAGAAGAUCUAUCAGCACACCUCAUUCCAGGCCAUGAAGGACAACCCCAUGGCCAACUACACUUCCUUCCCUUCUUCCAUAUUGGACCAUUCAUGCUCUCCAUUCAUGAGAAAAGGUACGAACGGUACCUUACAUAAAAAUCAUCUGCUAUAUACAACUCAUUCAGCUAAUUGAAAGCCCUGUUAACAUCGCAAUAUAUUUCAAUGUUUCAGGGGAAGUUGGCGAUUGGGUGAAUCACUUUUCAGAAACUCAGAAUGAAGUGUUUGAUGCCAAGUACAAAAGAAGAAUGGAGGGAACUGACCUUAAUUUUCGUUACAGUAUCUAA